CGAUCAUUUCUGCAUUCAAUUACCGGAAUUAUGCUCUGAUGUUUUAAUGCCAGCUGAAUCAAAAUGUCAAAACCAACUUUAAUCUUCUGUCCCGGCGCCUGGAGCCCUCCAACAGCGUUCAACCCUCUCAUCGAAAAGCUUCCCGAAUACACAUCCCAAACAAUAGCAUUCCCCUCCGUACAUCAAGCAACUACCAUCAAAGAUCUGAAACCGGACAUUGAAGCUCUCCGCAACGUUGUCCAAAGUGAAUGCGAUCAAGGCCAUGAAGUAGCUAUCAUCUCGCACAGUUGGUCCGGUCUACCCGUCAGCAGUGCCCUUGACGAAUCGAGUCGGACGGAACGUCAGAAAAUAGGUACAAAGGGUGGAGUAGUCAAGCUAAUUUAUAUAUCUGCUUUUAUACCAGAGAUCGGGCAGAGUUUGCUUCAGACUCAAGGCGGCGUACCGCCGGAUUGGUAUAUUCGUGAUGAAAUGAAUAACACUGUAUUAUCCUCUGAUCCAUAUACUCUAUUCUUCCAUGAUGUCCCUAACGGACAAGAAUGGGCCCAAACCCUUCGUCCGCAUGCUUGGGCGAGCAUGAAUUCGCCCACGACCAGUGCGUCAUACCUAGAAAUACCAUGCGCUUAUUUACUCUGUGAAAAUGAUCGAGCUAUCCCACUAUCCGUGCAGGAGGCGAUGGUGGAGAGAGCACGAUCUAAGGGCGCGGUUAUCACGACGGAAAAGGUGAAGACGGGUCAUACGCCGUGGUUGGUAGUGCCGGAUGAGGUUGCGGCGUUUGUCAAUAGGCAGAUUGAGUAAGAACCUAGUCAGAGAUACGUCAGCUAUGUUAGUUAGGAUUGGACACCGUUGAAGUUGUUUAAGGACCUAGUAUGGGAUUGUAUCGCUGCGCAUAAGGUUCUUAUAUUUCCGAAUAGGACUUCCUGCAUCACAAAAGGUCUGAUGACCCUUUUGAACCCGAGAAAGGGGAACAAAAAUCUCCAAACCGGCAUUAUGAUACGUGCGGGUGAAUAAGCCUGGAGGGUAGAUACAAGAUGUCUUCCCUUGUGCAAUAGUUCUUUCCGUCAGCAAACCCCAACCUUCGAAGG